GUGACGGCUACACCACAAAAGUACAAAGCUUCUCCCCAAGAUCUCGUCUCGACUCUCUCGAUCCAGCGCUGUCACAGUGUCACGCCAAGCAAAACAGUGCAUUCGACGACGAAAUGCACACGGAUACACGUGUCACAUAUGGCUUCACGCUAAACACUCGGUCAAGGUCAAGCAUAAAGCAAGAACAGUCAGAGGUCUCCAAUGUCCAAUCUCCAUUUUCCACCGGCAUGAUGCAACAAGCAGCAGCAGCAGCCGAAGCACACGGCUCCGGUCACCCGGCGGCGUCCAUGGCUGACGACGGGAAGGAGGAAGCAGUCUCGGCGGCGUGGCACGGGUCGGUUCGCGCCGCGGUGGAGGGGCCGACGCCGGACCAGGCGUGGGCGCUGCUCGGGGACUUCUGCUCCCUCCACCGGUGGGUACCCUCGGUGCAGACGUGCCGAAGGGUGGAGGGCGCCGAGGGCCAGCCCGGGUGCGUCCGCUACUGUGCCGGCCCGGUGAACAAGGCGGCGGAGGCUGUGGCCGGGUGGUCCAAGGAGAGGCUGGUCGAGUUCGACCCAGUCGCGCGGCGGUACAGCUACGAGGUGGUGGAGACCAACAAGGGGUUCGGCCGGUACGCGGCCACGCUCCGGGUGGAGCCCGACCCGGCCGGGUGCGCCGUCGCGUGGUCGUUCGAGGCCGACCCGGUGCGGGGCUGGUCGCUGGAAGGGUUCGUGGGGUUCCUCGACGAGCUCGCGCGCGGCGUCGCCAGGAGGCUCGAGGAGGAGAUCAUGUCGCGGAAUUAGCCGGAUGCCAGGAUGACGCUCUUGCUUUGAAAGAUUGCGAGCUCUCCUUUGCUGCUUUCGCUGUGUUCUAUGCACGUCGCACAUCCAUCACCAUGAAAUAGCAAGAAAAAACUCGUGCGAUGGGUUUGAUCUCCGUGAAAACGGAAUCGUCCAUUUCCCAUUUCCCCUUCCAAAGUGUUGCCUUCCUCUCGCCACGGAACAACUUUGUCCACAGCAAGUCAACUCCGUUUCGUCCAUAACAUCCACCCAGGGCCGUUCAUGGCCAUGUGCCAAUUGAUCAACCGUAUAGGCUCCUCAAAAUUAAGGGUCCCGAAAUUCCCACAUUUCAAUACAAACCACCGUGUUUUAAUAUAUUUUCGAUUGUAGUUAUUGUAUUUUUCAAAAGUUCCACUUUUCUUAACCUACUGGAUAUUUGUUUUC